AGGCAUUGUGCUAAUGCUAGUCAGCGUUGGCUUACGAAACUACCUCUAACUUCCUUCGUAAUGGGCACAGAGACAUAAAAUGUGUAUCCACAAGUUCAUCUGACUCUGGGGAUGUAGAUAAAGGGCCUCAUUGCUAAAAUACUCAAGUUUCCCUUUAAUAUCAGCCACAGCACAAUGGUCUUUGGCAGUAGGCUGUAGAGAAAAUAUUAGAUUAGAAUAUUAGUCUCUGCGCAGGCAAGAAUGUUGACAUGCCAUGAUUGUUGUGUACACUAUCAAAAACAUUGGUGUUCUGGUUGCAGCUUGGAAUAAGCACUGCUGUACAAAUAUUGACGUAGACUAAAUUAUAACUGUUUGACAAAAAAUUCUACUGGUAUAUUUGAUCUCUGGGUUAUGUUGUUGGCAUGCUAUGACAUGUUACACUUUGAGUGUUGGACUACUGAGUUGUUAUGCCAUUUUCUCCCCCCACAUCACUCCGGAUCAACCUGAAUGGAAUUGUGGAUGGAAUCUGGAUGUGCUGUAUAUGACCUGUCAUGGGUGAAUCGCCAUGACGACAGAACCAAAUUCAGAGUCUAGCGCGGACCAGCAGGAGGCCAGUGCGGCUCCGCCAGUGGAGGCGGACUCUUUUCCCCCGGCUGCCGCCCACAGCACGCCUGUCAGGAAAGAGCAGAACGGCGACGAGAGAGCGGAGGGAGGCGUGGUCCCACAGGGGAAUCAGCUGGAGCCAUCGCAGGCGGAGGAGGACAGGACCUCGUACAGGUCGUCCACCAGUAAGCUGUCCAGGUCUCCCGGUGGAGGACGGAGCGUCCGCAGCUCCAGGAACAUGCAGUGCAAGGUCACCCUGCUUGAUGGCUCCGCCUACACCUGCAUGGUGGAGAAACGGGAGAGAGGCCAUGUGUUAUUUGACAAAGUGUGUGAGCAGCUCAACCUCCUGGAAAAGGACUACUUUGGCAUCACAUUCCGGGACAUCGAAAACCAAAAGAACUGGUUAGACCAAUCCAAGGAGAUGAAGAAACAGAUCAGAGGAGCCGCCUGGAAUUUUUCAUUCAAUGUGAAGUUCUACCCUCCAGACCCUGCCCAGCUGUCUGAGGAUAUUACAAGAUAUUACCUGUGCCUCCAGUUGAGGGAUGACGUGGUGUCUGGGCGUCUGCCAUGCUCUUUCGCCACCCACACGGUGCUGGGAUCCUACACGGUUCAAUCAGAGUUGGGGGACUACGAUCUCGAGGAGUCUGGGACGGACUACGUCAGCGAGUUCCGCUUCGCCCCCAACCAGACCAAGGAGCUGGAGGAGAAGGUCAUGGACCUGCACAAGAACUACAAAGGAAUGACGCCAGCUGACGCUGAGAUGCACUUCCUGGAAAACGUGAAGAAGCUGUCCAUGUACGGAGUUGACCUGCACCAUGCCAAGUUGGUAGGAAGCCUGUUUGAGUGCUUGUCUCCAGCUAAGGGCGAGGAUUCUGAGGGUGUUGAGAUCAUGUUGGGCGUGUGCUCUAGCGGUCUUCUGAUCUACCGUGACCGCCUGCGCAUCAACAGGUUCGCCUGGCCCAAGGUCCUCAAGAUCUCCUAUAAAAGGAAUAAUUUCUACAUCAAAAUACGCCCCGGAGAGUUUGAGCAGUUUGAAAGCACCAUCGGGUUCAAGCUCCCCAACCAUCGGGCGGCCAAGAGACUAUGGAAAGUCUGCGUGGAGCACCACACCUUUUUCAGGUUGGUGUCUCCAGAAACUCCCCCCAAGAAGUUCAUAAAUCUGGGCUCUAAGUUCCGAUACAGUGGGAGAACCCAGGCCCAGACGCGACGAGCCAGCUCCCAGAUCGUCCGUCCGGCGCCCCGCUUCGAGCGCUCCACCAGCAAGCGCUACAUCAUGUCGCGCAGCCUGGACGGAGAGAUGGGCUCGGACCUAUACGGAAGGGCGAAGGGCAUCGCCAUGAGCGACCUCAUCACCACCGUGACACCGGAGAAAAGGGUGGAGGAGAGGAAGGCAGAGGAAGAGGUGGAAGUAAAGGUGGAGGUAGAGGUGGAAGUAGAGGUGGAAGUAGAGGUGGAAGUAGAGGUGGAGGUAGAGGUGGAGGAGGAUGAGACCACGAAAGCCACCGAGAUCUCUCUACAAAGUCCAACCUCUCCCAUUCGACACGACACCAAGACUGAACUGACUGACACUGGUGUCGAUGGUGAACUGACAGCCACGGAGUCGGACCAGGAAGAUGAGUCCGAGUUAAAGACACAGGACACAGUGGGCACGCCGGAGGAGCUGUUGAAACACACGACCAACAUCAGUGAGCUCAAGAGAUCGUUCCUGGAGACGGGCGCCGACUCGGCUGGCCUUACCGAAUGGGAGAAGAGGCUGUCAUCGUCCCCCCUGCGCUCGCCGCGCCUCGACGAGGCCCCCAUGAUCGAACCCCUGGAACUCGACGAGGUACCGAGCCAAGAGGAUGAGGGAGAGGAUGAGAGAGAGAGAGCCAUGGCUGCUGGCGGUAGCGUUGAGGAGGACAUCACGCACAGCCCUGUGGAUACUAAGACUACUGUGGACUCUGACGGGUGGGUAAUAGUAAGCAAAGUCCCUCCUAAGGUAGCCGAAAAGAGAAACAUUGUCAACUAUAUGGCCGCCGAUAACACUGUGGCUGAAGGAGCGCUCGGCGGCGCCAGUGGUGUCGUUGUCAUCAAGGAGUUUGGCAAACCAUACGAGAGCUUCAGCAGUGAACUAGAGUCCAAGGCCGAGGAGAUGGAGGAGAAGACCUACACCCUGGGCAAAUCCUACGACACCAUGUCGGGCAAGAUCGUCACCAUGACGACGCAGGCCAAAGAUGGCGGGGAGGCGGCGGUAGCCGUUCCUGCGGUGUUCGCCAGGGAGCUGAAGAGGGCAGCGGACCAAUCCACCACCACUGUGAAGAUCAUCCCGGUGUCAACUGAGUACGAGAUGCCAGUGUCGGUCCACUUGAGUCUCCCGCCCAUAGAGGGAAUCGGACCCCCAAUGAUCACCAUCCAGGAGGCCAGGACCCCCUCUCCAUCUGAGGGAAUGGGACCCUCCAUGAUCACCAUCCAGGAGGCCAGGACCCCCUCUCCAUCCGAGCCCAGCGACGGUGGCCUGGGCGCCAUGCGGACCGUAGUGUCCAUCCGCUCCAGCCAGGACAUCAGUGAUGCCGCGAGAGCGGACAGCAGGAAGCAGCUACGGGAGACUUUUCUUCUGGGAGACAGGAGCACCACCCCUGUUGCGCCUCACACACCCCUCUCUCCACGGUCCCCAAUGGCCAAGUCCCCAAUGGCCAAGUCCCCAAUGAAGAUGCCCAAGCCUCAAAUGGUCGAUCUGCGUCUGAGCCCCAGCCCUGUGUCCUAUCUUUCCAGAACCCCAUCGCCCUCCAAAGUGCCUAAGCCGACCUUUGAGGAGAUGUCCCCGGAGCUCACCGCUCUCUUACAGUCGGCCAGAGAUCAGACCAGCACGCGGGUCUGGACUGCUUCGCCUGCUUUUAGUCAGACCGUGUUUAAGACAACAGAGAAGGUGGAGCGGAUCGUGCUGCAGACAGAGGUGGUAUCUUCCCUACAAGAAAAGGACCAGGACCAGCCUAAGUUGAAGUUGGCACAGCCAGAACAGUCUGACCACCAGCCUGACAACAUGGCGAACCAGGCAGAGCAUCAGACUGAGCAGUUGUCUGUGCUGGAGGCUCCAGAGGUCCUGACCUUCAACAGGGCAGAUGUGGUGGAUGUGACCCAGGAGGUCCCUGUAAUACACACGGAAAUGAAAACUGUCACAUACCAGUCACUAGAGGCUGACGCUGAUCCCGAGGCGGGGGUGUUGAUGAGCGCCCAGACCAUCACCUCAGACACCACCAGCACCACCACAACCACACAUAUCACCAAGACUGUGAAAGGCGGCAUCUCGGAAACCAGGAUCGAGAAGAGAAUCGUAAUCUCGGGUGAUGCAGACAUUGACCAUGACGAGGCCUUGGCUCAGGCCAUAAAGGAGGCCAAAAAGCAGCACCCUGACAUGUCAGUGACCAAAGUAGUGGUCCACAAAGAGACUGAGAUCACGCCCGAGGAGGGCGAAGAGUGACCGCAGGUGUGACGGGUUACCGGGUUCACCAACAUUUCGGGAGCAUUCUGUUAACGUUACUUCACGCUGUUCAGAGUACGGGACGCAAGCAGGAUAGUGGCGUUGCCAACAGACAGCACCCCACUGUAGCAGACACUAAUACUGCAUCCAACCACUACUGAACUAACCUCAUCCAUCCACACUCCCUCACUCACUCACCAUCACUACUGGCAAACACAGACCUCCAAAGCUACCUUCAUAGGAACAUGUAUACUGCAUGAAAAGGGAACAAUUCUGCAUUUUUGUAAAAGAAAAAAUAACAAUAUAUCAAAAGUUCUACAUGUUUUACUUGACCUGUAAACUCAGACUCAAAGGUUUAAGAAUGUAUGUGAUGAGAGUUAAGAUAGUAUAGAUCAUUAUGUUGUAUUUAUUAUCAAACUGCUCACUUGGAAACAUGUAUAAUAGUAGGCUAUGAUGGCACAAUAUUUAUCCACGCAAUAGAUGUGGCAUCCAUCUUGUCAGAAGUCCCCUUGUUUAUCCCAAAUGCUGAUUUUAUCCAAUUUUACAAAGAGUAUUCCCUUUAAAAAGACAACAAUAAUAUCUAUGGUACUGGUACAUGCAUUUGCUUAGUAGGUCAUUCAUCCUCAAAGAUGAUUUUGUUGUUUUUACUUGUAAAUAUGCUUAUUUGGUUUUCAUUAAUUACAAGGUGAGGAUGAGGAUGAUGAGGCAAAAUAGUGUAGAAGCGUUAGUUAACAGGAAAAGUUCAACAGACUCCAUUACUGUGAUCUCUGAGGUGAUUAAGAAACCCCUUAUUAUACAGUAUGUGUCUUCACACUGUGGAUUAUACUUUCUUGUUGGCUUGUAUCUGAAAUUAUACCCUAUUCCAUAUGGGCUCUGGUCAAAAGUAGUGUACUAUAUAGGGAAUAUGAUGCAAUUUUAGAUACAUAAUUGUUUAGACACAUUCUUAAAGGAAAACUCCACCCAAAAACAAUAUUUUGGUAUUUGUUUCAUUAGUCCAUUGUUGACACAGUCCCAAAAUGUUUUG